AUGAGUAGAUUAGCAUCGUUGCUGUGGUCCUUGCUCUUCCUAGUGUAUAUUGCAGCUGCAGACCCGUGGCUCAAUGCGCCGCCAGCGUUUUUCCAGCUUCGUUGGCCGAGUGCAAGUCUCCUUCAGGUUUCAGUGGCUGAACCUGCACUUGUUGCUGGUACAAAGUCCUUCUUUACGACCGAUUCAGUCACGGUGUUGGAUGUUCGCAAUGCAACUAUCAUCGACAGUGGCAGCAAAGCAACGUACGAGAUGCUCUUCUUGAUCGGAGACCCUAUACAAGCCUUCGGUACGACUGUAACUUCUGCACCUCUCGACACUACGGGACUUGCAACUGCAUUGAGUAAACGUCUGGAAACUAUGGUUUCUGAUACUGGAGCCAAGAACGCAACAGAUUUGCUGUGGCAGGUCAUCACUGCGUUCCAAAGCAGCGCUGUAACAUGUCAAUGUCUCAAUAAUGCUGAUGUUCUGUCACUUUACGAAUCGGCUCCUAACUUCCCAGCCAUUCGAACGACUGUACCACCUACAACCGCAUUCUUAUCAUUCAGUGUUCUCUUUCGGAAUAUCAACGACCCAGUUAAGUUACCACAAAGCGUGGUGUUUCAAGUUCGACGAGGAGUGGCAGAGUUCUUAGGCAGAGACUUUAACGUGUCGUACGUAACAUCCAGUGGUCCAGCCACGGCUGCAAUGGACUCGACAUUACAAGUGAACCAAACUUUCUAUCUACGUCUUCCUACAACUACAGAUACUUCGAUGCAAGGACGUGAAACUCUCGCGAAUCGAUUGUUGUAUGGAGACCUUACCCGUCUUGUGAUUGACAGCUCUGGUUCAAGACCAGCUAUGUUCCUGGACUUCGUUUUCGCUUCUGAUGAGCUGUCCAAUGCUCUAAAUUCUCAAGCUUUAGCGGGGUCUCUAACGUUCGCAUCGACGCUUAUCCAGUAUGCGUUUCGAUACAUGAACGUCGAUGUUUUCCCUGUUGGGAACCCAGCACUUUCGGAGCCUGUAGCUGAUACCGCGACGUUGUUGGCUGCGGUCUCAGCAGACGCGAUGAAUGCGCGUCGACGCAAGAAACAGCGUUUCCAGUACCACCCUGAAGGAUACACUGCUGCAUUACCGAAGGAGGUGAGUUAUCCGUCGACUGCCAACCUUAGUAUGGACCUCACUGGGGUCUUCACCACUACAGUUUACUGGGCGAACACAUUGAGUCAAGAAUUCUGGCUUGAGAGUGCAGAGUCUACAGCUCCAGUUUCGUGGAACCUCUUCCCUUCCACUUCGUUUUUCACUGAUGAUUCCACAAUUUCUGCUGUUCUACCUGCUCCGAUCGUGAAGUUAGGCAACACAUCAACUCCGCUUUGGACGAUUCAAGCUGCAGUUCCAGAGAAUUUAGACAUGGCACUUAACUUUCGAAGUACGGAUGAUAAUGCUACACUUGUGAAAGUUGAGGUAGCUGUCACUCUACACUCGUCAGGAGAUGCUGAGUCUACAGUCACAAGCAUAGCUCGACCAGCUAACAACUCAAGCAACUCCACGUCUUCAUUGAAUGUCGUGGUUCGUCAUCAAAGCCGCUUGUUGCGCAACGGAGCUACAGAUAAAGUGAGCAAACUGCUGCUUCAUCUCGAGUUUGGCACUGCAAAAGUCACGGAGAAAAGCGCCGAUGGAUGUGCACAUUGUCAGCAACUCCUGGACUGGUGUACGAACGAAUCAGGGUGUGCACCUCUGAAAACUUGCGUGUUGUCAGCUAUCCAAAAUCCGAUCACUCAACUGGUUUCUAAGUCCUCAAGUGCCACUGAAACGGAAGAUCUUUCUUCUCUGGUUAACGGAUGUCUAACUGGCACUGCAACAUCUCCAGUAGAUGUGAAUUAUCUCAUGUUAUUCACAAGUGCAAUGCGGUGUCAAUUACGACGAUUGUGCCCUCUAUCAACGAGUUCUAGUGUCGUGAUUCCUUCGGAUACUAAACUUAUAUGGGCAAGCGGUAAAGGACAGCAGCGUAUACAGCCAACUGUUUCGAACUUCCCCUUAUCUACUAAUUUACCGCUGAAUAUCUCUCUAGCCAUCGGAAAUCGCGUGAUCUGCUAUAUACCCGUUUGGAAUAACGCUACUGCUGCAUCGUUAGAGACAAAAAUUGCACGAUCCUGUACGUUUGCCAAGUAUUUAGGAGCCGUCAAAGCCAACGUGACUUCGAAUACUGCAGGGGCUACAGCUAUUGACAUUUUCUACGACGGACUCGUAGGUCCACUCCCCAUUUUAUCAUUUGUCAAUGAUGCCACUCAACCGAUCAACGCUACAUUCACUACUGUUGCAACCCCGAGCUUACGUGUUCGAUACGUAUCUCGCGCUCCGAUCCCGUUCGCAGCCACUACGGACCCAAUACCGACUGAAAUCUGUGUUGAGUGCAAGAGAUUGGCACUGGAUGUUUGUCUUCGAGAUGCAAAAUGUGCAGCCAUGGCUGAUUGUGUCAUGCAGUAUCACGGUAGUAGCACUGCUACCAUCACAGUUGCCACGGAUUCUUCCACUUCGUCGAAUUCCCUUGCAGAUGUGAUUUUGAAAAUGGUACGAGGUGACCAGGUAGGGACUAGAUUAUCACUGGAAGCUGGCGUGAAUUCGUGCCUUCCAGCAGCGAUUAAUGACGGCGUAUCAAGUGUGGAUGUCAGCGAUCUAUCGUGGCGAAAACUCGUGAAUGCUAGUGCCUGCUACAGUCGCAAUGCUUGUCCAUUGAUACUAGCUCCUAUCCUGUCUUCGUGGUCGUCAUUGGCUACUAACUACGUGACAGUCGGCAAAUGGAGCAUUUCGCCCGUGCAAAAACUGCAAAAGUUGAUCUACACCGGUUCAACGUCAAGUCUUACGGAUUUAAGGAUUCCAUUGUCAAUUAUCCGUGAUGGUACUGCUGUCACACUAACGAGUGCUGCAGAUGCGGAUUCCUUGGCAAUUUCUCUUCGUGGACUCAUUCAGUAUGAAGAUAUCCAAGUGACAUAUGAUAGUUCGACAGCCGUCACAUGGACGAUUUUGUAUGGGCAUUGGAUUGGAUCGUUACCCAUUUUUAUAUCGACUGAUAAUAAGGAGUGGACACUUGUGGGAUAUCCGACCAUUGUGAAUGGUGCUGCUGUACCAAGCGACAGCAUUUUAGAGCUGAUCCCUCGCCAUUCAGCUGGCGCUACCAGUGCCACAGCAACGAGCGCCACAGCGACCCAGUAA